CUUCCUUGCUUCAUCCCAGGAAGGCUGAGCCUUCGCGCCUCUGUCUACGUUGCUUGUACGCGCUCUUCUGAUCACAUUUCAUGUCUUCUUUCAAAAGGCGAAGAUUCAAGGCAAGUUUUGAAACAACUAUUAAGAAAAAACCGGAAAAAUGGAAAUCUGCGCAGAAAUCACGGCACCUGAGUUAACAUCGUGGUCGAAACAAAAGGGCAGGCGUUUAACAAGUAACUUAUGAAAUAUUCAUCGCUGCUACAGACCAAUAACGACCGGCGAAUCAAUUCAUAGCCGCUUCUGUUUAGAGCUAUAUCAAAUAAGCGAUUUAAUGAGCUAUGAUCUAUGACAAAUUAUUCGAAUAAUGGUCGAGGGCAAGCUACAGUGUUUUAUGUACCGUAUUAGCUUUAAAAGCCCUCGCUAUGUCAAUGUUUCACCGAAAGAGCCACUCUCUGGAAGAGUUCGAUGGAGUUGUUAGUCCUCCCUUCCUAGACGAAAGCAGUCAUCAUUACUCAGGAUCAACUUCGUUCAGAAGAAAAAUGAAAUCUGUCCGUGGGAUGCGAUUCCGGCCGGUUUUCCCAGCAAUCAUUGGAGUAAGCUUAGGAUUUGCGUUAUCAAUGUUCUAUAUUCCUGUUGUGGAACAGCAGUGCUUGCACGAUUUAGAGGAAUCACAAGUUUUGAUUUUGGGUCGAAAACAACCUGGUAUGUCUGACACGAGAGAAAAGCAAAGUGAAAAAUCAAAGCCAAUUGUUCACAACACAGUACCGCCGAAAGUCACACACUUUAGUUAUGGAUUACGACCAUUUUACGUUGCUAGCGAACUCGGCCAUAGAGAUAAAUUACUUGUUGGUAUUUUAACUACUGAAGAAAAUAUUGACUCGCUAGUACUUGCUGUGAAUAACACAUGGGGGCCUUUACUACCAAAAAUUAUGUUUUUCACUCCUUUUUCAAGAGAUGUCGACUUCUCGGAAAAAUACAACAAAGUCUUAGGCUUACCGAUAGUACAACUCGCCGACGUGGAAGAUGAGAAUUUUUCCAAGACAAAACUGUCCUUCAAAAUGUUGAAAUACAUGUACGAUCAUUAUGCUAACAAUUAUGAAUGGUUUAUGCGCGUCGAAGACUCAAUGUAUCUAAAAUCAGAGAAGCUUCUUGAGUUGCUUAAUAGCGUGAACAGUUCGAAGGAUGUUUAUCUUGGCCGACCAGGAUCAUACAGGGCUAAUGCGGCAAACACUGGAGACGAUAAUUUAUAUGCUAGUGAGAAGUAUUGUUAUGGUGGUACAGGAAUUGCACUUUCGAGAAGUGCUUUAAUGAAACUCGCUCCGCAUUUGGAAAACUGCCUCGAGAACGCUUUGACGGAGCAAGAGGACGUAGAACUCGGCCGAUGUCUGUUGAAGAAAGUCCAGUUGCAGUGUACAUGGAGUUAUGAGGCAGAAGAUCUCUUUUAUCACUUCCCCAAAGACACUAGUGAAACCCAGAUCAUAAAUCUCAUUAAAGAAAGGAGAAUAUCUCGUGCCAUUGUUCUGCAUCCAGUCACCAAUCCGCUCCUCGUGUAUAAAAUCCAUCGCUACUUCACUGAGCUAGAGCUGAACAAAACAUUUGUUGAGACGAGAACACUUCAGAAUGCAAUAAAAGAUAUGCUGCCAUAUUUGCCAGAUGGUGUUCCAGAAAAGAGACCAUUAUGGCCGAUUGGAUUCCUUCAGCCGUUUAAACCUCAGUCUCGUUUCGAGGUGUUACAAUGGGAGUAUUUUACAGAUGCAUCAAGUUACGGAUUCUCGGAGGUCAACCCAAAGGUACCUUUGCGAGGAGAUUACAAGAAAGACGUUGAAGACGUCAAAGAAACGGCCAUUAAAAUGUUGACACGAGAGUACAGUAACGUAAACAGGCAGUUCCUUCUGAUCAAUGGCUACCGACGAGUAGAUCCAAGAAGAGGAGCUGAGUACAUCCUGGAUAUUGGAAUUAAGCCGGGUGCUGCGGAGAACAGGGGAACUGGGAAAGAGGCAGAUAUGACUAUCCGACGAGUUCAUCUUCUAAGGCCGUACACCAAAGUGGAAAAUUUUCAGAUGCCGACUGCGAUUGAGCAACGUGGAAUCCAUCUCGUUCUUCCCGUCCUUCGGAACGACACUACAAGAUUGGAACAAUUUUUUCAGAUGUAUCAGAAAGUUUGCCUACAGACUGGAGAAAAUGUGGUACUGCUCACUGUGUUUGUUAAUGUUAGGGACGAAGGCCAAGAGAAAAAUGAAGGGGACAUAUUUGCAGAUGGAAAGGCGCUUAUUACACGGUACAAACAGAAGUAUACCUGGGCGCAGUUUCCAUGGUUACAGAUUGGAGUCAAGUACAAUUCCCUUACAUUGCUAAUGGACAUUGUUACCAUGAAGCUGCCAGCCAACGCGCUAAUCUUCCUCACUGCUCUUGGAGUUGAGUUCAACAUAAAUUUUCUAAACAGAUGCAGAGUGAACGCACUUAGUGGUCAACAGGUAUUUUUCCCCAUUCCCUUUGCGUAUUAUGAUCCAGGCGUUGUAUACCACCAAGCAAAGAUUCCGGAUGUGAUACCCGUUCAUAGGGACACGGGGCGCUGGGCACCAGGACCGAGAGACAUGGCUUGUUUCGAUAACAAAGACUAUAAAGACAUUAGAAUUAAUAGCGACGACUUCCUUAAAGAAGAAAAAUCACAAACAUUAGAAUUGAUGGAGGUAUUCGCUGCCAGUUCUUUGCACGUGUUCCAAGCAGUCGACAUUGAUUUGAGGAAACGAUAUGAACAGGUAACAUGUGAUCCACAUCUCAAAGAAGACGAUUACAACAAGUGUUUGAAAUGCAAGGCAGAAGGCAUGGCUUCUCGCUCACAACUCGCUCUCCUAAUGUUUGAGAUGGAACAAAAGGGCCAAGGCAAUGGAGCCACAGAAUUUCACCAAUUGCGUUAAGCAUAUCUGUUUUUCUCUCAUGGUAAUUCUUUACAAAGUAGCCUUAUACGCCAUCAGGCACGAGGGGGAGCAAAAGUCAGGGUCAUCCUCGGUGUAAGAACCUCACGAGGUUUUCUUUGUUUCAUGAGUUAUUGUUUUGCUGUACGCUAUUGUUUAGAAGUUUUGUUGUCUUUGUUUUACGUCACUCGUGAGUUUCACAGGUUUUUACACCGAGGAGGAGCCAAAAGUCACUGUUUCGGAAGGGCAAGUAAUUAGGUGUUUUGUUAUACUUCACAACCUAAAAAUAGUAGUGUUUGUAAAAUUAUAUAUUUAUUUAUAUUCUUGACGCGGACCGGCACACAAAUUUGCCACGGUUUUCAAGGUGUACGACCUGAACAAGUGCGAGUCGGAAGUUCUAGUUGUUAUUCCCUUGGGAGUUAGCGAGUUUUGACCCAUCGCACGUGACACGCUCUCCUCCAAUUGGAAAUCGUAUUUGACUUGGGAGGUAUAACAACGUCGUGUCUUCAUUUUCUUCUCACAAACAUUACGCGACGGUCACUUCUCACUCCUGAAGAUUACUUGACGAAACAAAUGUACUCUCACUAAAAUUUAUAAUAAGUUUUUGCUCGAAUUUGAAUGGAGGGCAUACAUGCAGGUCAUGAAAAAAAGUGACGUUCCAAUAUUUAGACAAAAUGAAAAAAAAAAAAAAAUUGAUCAGAAUCCAGUGAAUUGGAUAGCAAUAACAUUCUUGAUGAUGCUUGGACUCAUUAGGGACUUCACGCAAACCACGACGGCGACGGCAACGGGAAC